GCACUUUCAGUGAGAUUCCCAAUGGAUACCUAAUGGGAGAUCCCAGUAAACUUCUUUUGGCCAAUAGGGCAAACUAUCAGGUGCGGAACUAUUCUUCACUCCCUGUGCCCCUCGGUCGGAACCAUUUGACUGACACACGGCGCUGAGGAAGGCGAGUGAAAAUCGCGGGGCGGACAACGUUGUUGUUAAUUAUUUCGCAGCGGAAACCUUGAAUUCGAGUAUAAACCAAAACAAACCCGAUUUUGCUGCGUAUUUUAUAAAAGGAGGGAACGAGCCCCCCGGGGAGGGGGCUGUUUGACUGUGGGAGGCAUCACCUCGAGACACAAACACACACAGAGCGCUUCCUGAAUAAAAGGCUUUGAAGGUGGAUGGUUACAAUGAAUUUGGAGAUAUUCACAAAUCGUUGGAAAGCUUGUUAAGUGGGACAAGGCUUCCCUCAUUUUGAAAAAGAAAGAUGAGAGAGAACAGAAGUCAGCUGUAAAUUGAACUCGAGCACCGUCAUCUCUAUGUGUCUUUUAAUCCACUUCCUGAAAGCAGAUACAACGUAACUUGGAUUUGAAGAUGAAUAUUUUGGUGACAAAAGUCUUCUGCAUGGCUGGGGUUUUCAUCCUAAUGAUGUUCGGCUCAUUAUUGCCUGUUCGAAUGAUCCAAAUUGACUAUGAAAAAGCACACAAGUCCAAGAAGGUGCUCUCACUUUGCAGUUCAUUUGGUGGUGGAGUAUUUCUGGCAACCUGCUUCAAUGCUUUGUUGCCAGUUGUAAGGGAAAAGGUUCAAGAGGUUCUUAAGAGUGGAAACAUAUCAAGUGACUAUCCACUGGGUGAGACAACAAUGAUGGUGGGAUUUUUUCUGACGCUUUUUGUCGAACAAUUGAUUCUGACAUUUCAAAAGGAGAAAACGUCCUUCAUUGACUUGGAGACAUUCAAUGCAGGGUCGGAAGGGGGUAGCGAUUCUGAGUAUGAGAGCCCUUUCAUUUCACCGGGACGAGGUCAAAGCAACCUGUGCAGCCGCAGCUAUCAUUCACAUAGCCAUUCUUUCAACUUGUCUGAGCUGCCUCAUUCCAGCCCUUUGCGUUUGCUCAGCCUCGUGUUUGCCCUAUCUGCUCACUCUGUGUUUGAGGGUUUAGCCCUGGGCUUGCAGGAGAAAGGAGCAAAGGUUAUCAAUUUGUUUAUUGGAGUGGCAGUCCAUGAGACACUGGCUGCUGUGGCAUUGGGAGUGAGCAUGGCUAAAGGAGGUGUGCUGAUGAAAGAUGCACUGAAGUUAGCCCUGAUGGUCAGCGCAAUGAUACCAGCUGGGAUAGGCAUCGGGAUGGGCAUUCAGAGUGCCGAUAGCCUCGGCAGUCACAUCGCGUCAGUUGUGCUGCAGGGUUUUGCAGCUGGGACAUUUCUGUUUGUCACUUUCUUUGAAAUUCUGGUGAAAGAAUUUGAAGAAAAGCAUGACCGCCUUCUGAAAGUACUUUCUCUGAUCCUGGGGUACACACUACUGGCUGGGUUUGUCUUUCUAAAAUGGUAACAUUUUGCCUUGGUUCAGCUUGCAGUACAAUGAAGGCACGUGACUGUCUCACUCUAUUUGAUUAGUAUCUCUGAUCACAAUAUUGUUAUUUUCUAAUCUAUCAUUACAUUUGUGGGUAGUGGUAUAAUAACCAGUGUCGUUGUAAAUUUCUAACUGUUUUUAUAGUUGCUGCAUGUAUAAGGUACAGAGUUGAUACUGGGUUUACUUAGUAUAUUAAGUGCCAGUAAGCAAAAAGGUUUUUUGAAAAAUACUAACUUAAAUCUUUGCACUAUAAUAAUAUGUCAGUGUAUCUCAUGUGGCAUGCUUAAUUCACCUGAAAUUGUUUUCAUCAGUAUGUCAACUUAGUGUUAUACAAGGGGAUAUCUGCCUGUUACAACAAUUCAAUUCACAAGUCCAUAAUAUUUUAUUGCGAUUCUAGUGUCAACAUUGCUGAAUAUGUUUACAUAUGUGUAUAUCUGGUGUAUAAUGUUUAAAUUAUUGUCAGGGUUUUUAAAGUUUGUGCGCUGAAUACUUUCUGGACUGCAUAAAAUGUAUUUGUAAGCAUUUAACAAAUUUCUUCAAGUUUGUGUUUUUGAUAGAAACAGCCUGUUUUCCUUAAUACCAAAGGGGGUGCCAGUGUCAAAGUGAAAAUACACAGGGAUUAUUUAUUUUCCUUAUUGUGCUCUAAUCUCACAGCAAGAGGCUUGCACCUUCUAUCUCAAGCUUGUUUUAAGCUCGCAGACGUCAGUCUGGCUGAUGGUAAAGAUUUAACAAGGGUCCUGAACUAAGGAGUGGAGAAUUCAUCUCCUCUCCAACUAUUGAUCCUCACGGCUCUUGGCAAGCACGUCUUUUUGUGGAAAUCAAGCAAGGACAGAAUUUGAUUGGACUGUUAUUUUCCUGGGAUUUGUAGCCUGCUGACACACUGGAUAAGCUUUGAGCAUAAAGAAGAUAAUGUACUGAUUUGCUGGUGACUCCAAAAUUGUUUCUUGAUUUUAGGAUGGAAAAAAGUUAGGUUGGGCUGGAUGCAGGCAAGGAGAGAAGAACUUCCUACUUUUAUCCUGAUUGAACACUUGCUCAUUUAAGCAGCCGGUGUUAAUUACUUCACUAAGGAAAACUGAAUGGAAGGAAGCACUGAAUCUAAAUGAAAUAAUGCACUUCAGCCCUGGAUUAAUGCACUGCUGUUAAAUAUGAUGUAGUGACUAAGCUUGCUCAGCAUCAAAUUCAGUUCUGCUUGCUAAUGGUGCUUGAUGGCACUGUUGAACUAUUUAUCUACACUGCAUUAAUUAAUCUCCCCUAGUUAGGGGACUGUAGUCAAAUUUGUUGCCACAGGUCUGGAGAUGGAGAAAAGUCAGCAUAAAUCUGAUAAGCAAAUCAUGCUGCUGGCGACACUGUAGAGACCCCUCUUCCCUUUUGAGGUCAGAAUCAAACUCUGUCGAGAUGUGAUGCCUCCAGCACCAGCAGAGAGUAGUCUGGCACGUACAUUUUUUUCGGGGUGAAGUACUGGAGACUAUCCAGUGUCUGUGAAAAGCAUGUACCAGCAGUCAGCAAAAUAAACCUUGCUUGUGACUCUCCUUAUUAGAUAACUGUUGAUGACUUUUUCCUUAUAGACAAAAGGAGUUGGGCAGGAAAUAGUUAUGUCACCUGCCAGGAAUUCAACAAAAAUCAGGAAGGAUGGUCUCUUCUAGAUGGGAUUGACAGAAGAUAUAUGAAGGAUGAUUGCCCUCUUGGGCUAAAAGCAGUUGUCUGAGUAACACUUCAUUUGGUGAAUUUUUUUUCUUGUCUGUGAAUUCCUUAGAUGUCUCAGUUAAUGACUUAGCAACGGCUCCAUUUCCUAUAGCAUAGUGAGCCUGAGAAACUCUCACCUUUCUGAAUUUCACUUCUUCCUUUUUCUCCCCUGAAGGCACUGACUGUGGUUGGGGUGCAGUCGCACAAGCCGUGCCAACUUGUACCUCACUCAAGAAUUUCCUUCUUUGAGAGUAUAGAGCAUGUGAUGGUGGGCUAUUAUUAAUCAGCAACAGAAAGGAAGAGAAAUUGUAAUCAUUUUUAAGCUUCUGAGUGUGUCUAAAGUAAAUAUGAUGCUCUUCGACACCGAUGGUGUAAGGAACUAUAUUACUGUAAAUAUAAUGUAUCUUGCUCAACAGCUUUUUCUUAGAACAUCUUUUAUAAUUAUGAGAACCUAGUCUCCUUUUAAGUGGAAUGCAAUAGUAUGAGGUAGAAGUGUGGGGCAGUGAGUCACUUCAUUAAUAAUGCUUUGCUGAAUCAACUAAAUUAGGGAAACCAGUUCUUUUUUAAGCUGCUGGAGAAAUGUUAACCUAUCCUUUAAGCAAUAUUAGGAUAUACUUGCAAGACAAUCUUGCAAUUUAUGGUAAAUUGUACAUGAAGCACUUCAGGAUUUUGAGACCUAAUAUUGUGUGUCAAUGCAAGUUUUUUUUAUGUGUUAUCAUCUGGGAACACUUAUUUGUUUUUGGUAGAUUUGAAAUAUGUAUCUUUUACUUUUUAAUAUUGGUUUAACAGCAUCUUCUUGCCUAAAGGUGAACGAUGAUUAUUUGUCUAUGAUAACUUCAAUUCUCCAAUAGAACUGUUUUUUUUUAAAAAAAGGUGACAUUUAUCUAAUAGGAUAUGCUAUUGUUCAGGCCUGUGUUGUUGUAGUUUGCCUUGACUUGAGAUGUACUUUCUUUGUAGGUGUUGACACCUAUUCUGUUUGGUAUUCACUCUGCCAGUAGUCUGUACAACCAUCAGUCUGCUUUUCUAUUAGAAGUUUGGAUCCCAGUGUAGAUUGAAAAUUCAGUCUGGACAGUGAGCUCCAUCAAUAUUUAAAUGCAACUUUGUAGCAAUAAUAAAGGACUGACUGCCACCAGUGCAUCAGGUGUAGAGUAAUUUUGCCUUUUUUACCUGAUCAUAAAAGAUCAUGAUCAAUACAGACAAGGCUAGUCCUAAAUUCAGUCCCAAUCUCUGUUGAAUUGGAUUGCUGCUGGAACCACAAAACCUCCAAAAACUGGCAGCUUAGAUUGGAUGGAAUGCUAAAAUAUCUGAAGCACGAGUAAGCCAUACCCAUAACUUCCUGCUUUUAAUGGAAUUCGGUGAGUUGCGGGUUAUGGCAGGUUGUAGUGAGGAUCGGAAAGGAAACUACCAACCAGCCAAUUUCGGGUCAUAGAUUAGCAACUUAAAUAUGAUGAAAUUGUGUACCUCGUAUUUGGCAAUGCCUCUACCAAUCAGACUCCAAUUGCCAACAAGUUCUCAAGCAGGAUAAAUUACUGUUCCCUUUAAGAUGUGGUAUUAUUGCACUUCUGUCCUGAUGAGUUCCAGAUGAAGAGUUUCAACAGCAUGUUUCUUUUUUGCAGCAAUACACCAUUUUAAAUCUUUUCUGAACCUGUCCAGUUUAAUAAUAUCCUUCCUACAACAGGGUGACCAGACUGCACACAAUACUCCAGAAGAGGCCUCACCUGUACAACCUCAGUAUGAUGUCCUAACUCUGAUAUGCAAAGGUCUGAGCAAUGAAGGCAAGCAUGCUCAACGGCCCUGUCUACCUGUGACUCAAAUUGUAAAGAAUUAUUUACCUAGGUGUUUCUGUUCUACAACAUACCCGGGGCCCUGCCAUUAAGUGUAUAAGUUCCUGUCCUUGUUUGUAUUACCAAAAUGCAGUACCUCUCAUUUAUCCAAAUUAAACUGCAUCUUGCCCUUUGACCCAAUCGAUCAAGAUCACUUUAAUCUUAAAUAACCUUCUUCACUGUCCAUAACACCAUCAAUUUUAGUGUUAUCUGCAAAUUUACUAACUAAGCCAGCUUCAUUCUCAUUCAAAUCAUUUACAUAAAUGACAAACAAAAGUGGACUCAGUAUUGAACCAUGUGGAACACUGCUGGUAACAGGCGUCCAGUCUGAAAAACAACCUUCCACCACCACACUCUGUCUCCUGACAUUAAGCCAAUUUUGUAUCCAUUGGCAAGCUCACCCUGAAUUCAAUGUGGUCUAAGUUUAAUAAUUAGUCCACUAUGUGGAACAUUGUCAACGGCUUUACUAAAAUCCAAGUAAACGACAUCUACCGCUCUACCCUCAACAAUCUUUUUGGUUACUUCAUUAAGUUUGUGAGACACUAUUUUCCUCACACAACACAAAUUGCUAACAAAAGUGACAGCUAGCUUGCUAAUGCCUUUUAGGAAAGGUGUCCUUACCUGAUUUGACUGGCAUGUGACUCAAAACCCAUAACAAUGUGGUUGACUAUCAAAUGUUGCACGAAAUUGCCCAGUAAGACAUUCAGUUCAAUGACAAUUACAGAUGGGCAUUAAAUGCUAGCCGUUCCAAAAAUAUCCACCUCCCAUGAAAGUUUUUUAAAAAAAAAGUCAAACCCCAAUCUUUUCAAACUGAACUUGUGAUUUUUUAAACGGUAUUUGUUUUGUUCUUUCCCUCCAGCAUGUCCACUUUUUGUGUUUUGUCCAGCUCUCGUGCCAGCGCUGCACCUGAGUACCCUCUGUUGGGCGUCGCGCAGGAGGCCUGUUAUUCAUACUGUUAUCAGUUUUGCCAGGUUUUCCAGACUGCUGCAAUAUAAAAAGGUAAAAUGCUUGAAAUAAUCUGCAGAUCUGUGAUCUUUCAUUUGAACUGGGUCCAUGUCUGGUGAUGUUAUCUUUCUUUUUCUCCACAAAUGGUGCUGUGCAUUUCCAAUAUUGCCUUCCUUCUUAUUUCAGGUUUCCAGCGUUUUGCUUUCAGUCCAGAGGGCCAUGUCAUAGUUCUUCCCAGGUGUCAUUGUCAAUGGGUUUAAUUUGAUGACAAUAAUCUGUAGGAAAAUAUCUCUCAUUAUUUUCAAACUACAUGCCAAUAGAUUUCUCAAGGGAUAUUCUUAAUCAAUCACUUUAUCUUGUUCCCUCAUCAGUUACUGAACUGCAACCACCAGCCCCACUGCCUGUUUUGUGUCCUGCAUCACUGAAUUGCACAGUUUAGAAGGACAAUAUCUAUAAUUUUACAGUUUAGAUGGACCUGGUAUGAAAAUUUUAUGCAUCUAUUAUUACACUUUACUGAAAUUCUAGUAACUGCAAAGCCUGUUACUUUUCUAAUUUAUACAACCUGACUGGCUUAUUUAUAGCUGACAAAAUGCUACAUCAGUCUAAUGUCAAACAAACAAAACAGAAAUUGCUGGAGAAUGAGAGUUUUAGAUUUUCAGCAUCGGCAGUUGUUUGUUUUAUAUCAGCCUAGCGUUCAGCACUCCCACUUUCUGGAUGUAGGGAGCUGACUGCGGGUGUUUUGUAUGAAGCCAAUUCAGGGAGCAAGGUUAUAAAUUGAAGAUAACACAAACUAAACAUAAAAAAGUGAAGCUGCUUCUUUUUAUUAAAUUGAAUAAAGCUACUGACUAAUACAGGGAAUAAAUUGCAAAACUAAAAUAUCAUUGGAAUGUGGGACAAUAUGGAUUUGAGAUAGAAGUGAGUUAGGCAAGUGGCUGGCCAGGUCCCUAAAGAAGAUCAUAUUACAACUUGAGGGUAACCGGUGACCCUUCAUGGAUGCCCUUCUGAGUGGGCCUCCGAUUGAACAGCAGUGUCAGGGAUUUGAUGGUGCAGAGAAACAAGUGUAGCACAGAGAGAUAAACUUGUAAGAAAAAGGAAGAAUAUAAUUUCACAAUAAAAUUUCUAAUAGUCUUCAUGCAAGUUGCUACUUAGGAAUGUGAGUUUCAGAUAACUAGACAAGACCCUAUCUUAGAAAUGGGGUAAACUUUGAUGGUAAGUUUUAUUUUUAUUAAGGCUUGAGAAGCUGGUCUAGGGAAGUGUGAAGAAAUCUGCUACAAACUUGGAUGAAACUACUGUUUUAACUACUGAUUGGCUUCUGGCUUCUGAUUGCCAAGGCAGGAAUUUUUCCUUAAAUAGGUUCAACAGCACUUGAAAAUGCAGCUAAACAGAAUCGUCAGAGCAACAGAUUUUGUGAGAGAGAAAGCAUGCACUUGUUUGUGUUUUGUACUGUCAAUGUAUUGGGUAACAAUAUAUUGCUUUGUAGAAAUACUAACAUUUUAAUUGAAAACUGUGGAAUGUAUUACCAACAAUUAAAUAAACUUCCAGAUAUCA